CAGCUCCGUAACUCCUCAGGCUGCAGCAGUAGUGAAGCCCCCUCUCCGAAGGGGCGAUCCCAUCAUUCCCCACAGACACACAACGUGCCCCGGCCCCGCAGCCCCUUCAGCUCACACAGCGACCGUUAGAGCGACAGUUAGAAGUGACCGCUACAGACGCCUCUCCCUCAGGCGGGCGCUCGAGCGCGCUCCGCCCCUGCGCUGCCUCCGCGCUGCAGGUAGAUGGAGCCAGACCUCGGCCGCUGCCGCCCUCCCGCCUCGCCGCGCACACACACGCACACACACGGCAUCGCCGGAGCCGCGGAAGGAGCCUCGGCGGGGUCGGUGCCGCUCCGACCCGCACAAAGGACGGGAAGAAGAAGGAAGAGGAGCGCACGGUGCUCGCAGCCCCGGCCGCUGGCACUGCCUGGAGAUGUCGGGGGUGCUGGUGCUCGCUGCCUGGUGCUUCCUGCAAGUGGAGAGCCGGCAUCCUGAAAUCAUCACGAGUAGCAGCAAUCAUGGCAAUUUCCUGGACAACGACAAAUGGCUGAGCACCGUUUCGCAGUAUGAUAGAGACAAGUACUGGAACAAAUUCAGGGAUGAUGAUUAUUUCAGAAACUGGAAUCCAAACAAGCCCUUCGAUCAAGCCCUUGAUCCGUCUAAAGAUCCAUGUUUGAAGGUGAAGUGCAGCCCACAUAAAGUGUGUGUCACUCAUGACUAUGAAACUGCGAUCUGUGUAAGCCGCAAGCAGCUGGUACACAGCCUUCGACAAAAGAAAGGGAACUUGGCUCAGAAGCACUGGGCUGGACCAGCUAACAUAGCCAAGUGCAAGCCUUGCCCCAUGACGCAUGGCAACGCUGUCUGUGGAUCUGAUGGACACACAUACACUACCAGGUGCAAGUUGGAGUUUCAUGCAUGUACUACUGGCAAAACCCUCACAGCUCGAUGCGAAGGGCCCUGCCCCUGCCUUCCGGCACCUGAAAGUUUGAAACACAAGACAGAGAAGGCUGCUUGCACAGACAAAGAACUGAGGAAUCUCGCUUCCCGACUAAAAGACUGGUUCGGUGCUCUCCAUGAGGAUGCAAAUCGUGUCAUCAAACCAACGAGCUCAGAGACAGCACAAGGCAGAUUUGACACCAGCAUACUACCAAUCUGCAAGGAUUCCUUAGGCUGGAUGUUCAACAAACUUGACAUGAACUAUGACCUGCUGCUGGAUCCCUCGGAGAUCAGUGCCAUUUAUCUGGAUAAGUACGAGCCAUGCGUCAAGCCUCUCUUCAACUCCUGUGACUCCUUCAAAGAUGGAAAGCUUUCAAACAACGAGUGGUGCUACUGCUUCCAGAAGCCAGGCGGUCUUCCUUGCCAGAAUGAAAUGAAUAGAAUUCAAAAGCUAAGUAGAGGGAAGAGUCUGUUGGGUGCUUUCAUCCCACGGUGCAAUGAAGAAGGUUAUUACAAAGCCACUCAGUGCCAUGGCAGCACAGGGCAAUGCUGGUGUGUUGACAAGUAUGGGAAUGAGAUAGCUGGCUCAAGAAAGCAAGGGACAGUCAGUUGUGAAGAAGAACAAGAAACCUCAGGGGAUUUUGGCAGUGGUGGAUCUGUUGUAUUGUUGGAUGAUUUGGAAGAGGAACCUGAAGCAGCAAAGAAAGACAAAGAAGGAAAAGUGAAGGUUCAUGUAAGAGCGGCUAAUGAAGACGAUGAAGAUGAAGACGAUGAUAAGGAUGAUGAAAUUGGUUAUAUAUGGUAGUGCCCAUCAUAAUGAGGACUCACGUUUUGCACAAUACUGCAAGUCAUAUCAUAUCUCUGCAAUUGUAUCUGAGAGUACCUGGCACAAAUAUUCCCUCUCUACUGAGUUUAAUUUUGUAUAGUCUGUUUACUUUAGGAGACAGCUUUUUUUUUCCCCAACAAGGACUGUUUGGAAUACAGCUUUUGUUCACUUGGUUUGGGGCAUUCUUGUUCUAUCCACAGGGGCAAUGAGUUUUGUUUCAAAAACAUUUCAUGUCUUAAUCCUCACCUGCACAGCUUAUGAGAUACAUCCUGUGAAAAAGAAUUGCAGAAGGGACUCAAUGAACCAGUACAAAGCUUAGAAACCCUUCUCAUGUGAAGGAAUUUGUGUCAUAAAUUGUUGCCUGGGUCACAUCAGAAGCACUCGUUUUUCUUUUAUGAAGAAGGAAAUGUAGGUGCCUCGUUUUCUAGUCCAUGUUUGUUACAUUCCAGUAAAGAGGAAGUCUCUUUGGAUAGUGAUUUCUGGCAGCCCAGCAUCAGGGAUUUAAUCCAUGAAAGAAACCUACUGGUGGGAUUUUUCUCUUCUUUACAUUCUCUUAGAAUGAGUCCAACAGGCAAAGCACCCACCAGAGCAUAGACCAGGUCACUAAUACUUUAUUUGGUUAAGGAGCACAGCUUUGCUCAUAAGAGAUGCUGAGAACCUGCAGCUAUAAUGGGCCAAGCCCUACAGGCAGGGAACGAGUCCAUCUGCCUUUCCUUUAGAGUGCUUUGUGAAUUUGUAGCAUCAUAACCACCUCCAUAUCUGUUCCUCAGCUUCUGUCCAAACUCAUUUGCGCUAAGAGUGGUACUAACAUCGUGCAGGCAGCCUCUGCUUCCUGCUCACAUGCUAUAGAUCUGCCUGUUUUUCAUUUUCUGUUAGCAAUCCCUCAUUCCAAUGUUAUAAAGCUGUCACAGGCACUAACCAUCAAAAGUAAUAAGCUGUCAUUUCUUUAAUUUCAAUAGUUAAUAUUUAUUUGGCCUGUUUUAAAAGGCAACUUUAGGUGAUCACGUUUCAAAGCAUAACCCUGUGCUCAGUGUGACAAGCUGCACACUUGUAAUAACCACACGUGAAAGAGAAGAGUAUUAAAAAUACAAUCUGUGAUCCCUUCAGCAUGUCACAUAUUCAUAGCUCUUCAGUUGUAUCACAGCAUAUUGACAUUAAAGUCUUCUCUGUGUCUUUUCCCAUUGCAGUUCUCUGAUGCAGUAAUGUACUGUGGUGACCUUGUGUUCUUUUUGCUGUUUUCAGAGACAGGAGGAGGUACCUUAACCCCACUCUUGCAUUAGGUCGCAGAUGCAAGUAUUUCAGCAGUGCCUGUGAUUUGCCUAAGAGUUAUUUUGCAGAAUUGAAAAUGUGCUUAUUACACAGAGAACUAAUCAGAUUGAUUUACCUUUUCCCUCUGAGUUAGUGUUGGCUAAAGGUGGGGACAGUAUGGAGCCAACACUUGUCUGGUUACAUAUUCACUCAGAAGCAGGAAAAUCCCAUGUGUUUGGCAGAAGACGAUGUUUUAGGCACACUGGCCCAAGAGCUGUGGUCCUCAGCCCUCUGUGUAGGAUGUCUGCUUUCAGACGUGGUCAGAAGAGCACUACAAAGAGGAACUCCUUUCAGACACCAUGUGUUCCAGGGGCUCAGUUGGUUUCCCCUCUUUCAUUUCCUAUUUAUCUAGAUCAAUGACCCGAGAGCAGAGAGCAAGCUCGCAUAAUUGUUGUUAAUGCAGAAGGAUGUGUAAAAUCAUGAGGA